UGACCACGACAUGCAUGACGAACGGACAGACGACCACCAGAGAAAAGAACGAGCAAAAUUGACUCGGUAGACGUGGUCGCAAAGAAAGGUUUUUCUUCUAAAUCUGUGAUUAUAAACGUGGUGCUGAGUGGUCCGUGCCCCGUGGUUUUCAAGUUCAAGUUUAUUUACUAUGCUCUACGAAAAAGGGACUCGAGCAAAGUUAAGUUAACGUAGGUCGGUUCAUUGAAACCACACCAAAGAGUCUCAACAAGAAGGACAAAAUAAAAACAAUAGUCCCAUUAUGUCUAAAAUGGGUCCUUUAAAUGAUGUAGUGAUAAGCAUUGACAACCCAAAAAAUGUAACUAAGAUUGAGGCGUCCUCGACAGCUGAAAUCAAUAUAUUAUGUAUAAACAUAACUCCAUAUAGCCAGUUUACACAAUUUGCCUGCUGUACAAUAUUCAUUUUUGUAUGUUACCUAGCAUAUGGGUAUAUCCUGGAACUAAUAUUCUCGAACCCAGAAGUAAAACCAAUAAGUUUGUACAUAACAUUAGUACAAUUUUUUAUUACUAUGGCACUCAGUUAUGUUGAGUCUAUGAUACGAAGCCCGAUAAAGAGGAAAAUACCUCUAAUAACGUGUGCAAUAUUAGCAGCCCUUACACUGGGUACAAUGUCAUUCUCCAAUUUAGCACUCAGUUAUCUCAACUACCCUACCCAGUUGAUCUUCAAGAGCUGUAAACUCAUACCUGUGAUGAUUGGGAGCAUCAUCAUUAUGGGGAAAAGAUACGGCUUCCUAGACUACUGUGCUGCUGUUGUUAUGUGUAUUGGAUUGACUAUGUUUACAUUAGCGGACUCUAAAACUUCGCCAAACUUCGAUGUAUUUGGCGUCCUAAUAAUAUCAUUGGCUCUACUCUGUGACGCUAUAAUAGGGAAUCUACAAGAGAAAGCGAUGAAACAAUAUCAGGCAUCGAACAACGAAGUAGUGUUUUACUCGUACGCUAUUGCGUGUGUCUAUCUCGUUGUAAUCACGGCGUGCUCUGGAAUCAUGACCAAGGGAAUCCAGUAUUGUGCAGAGACGCCAUUAAAGACGUACACAAACAUAUUCCUGCUGAGUGUAACCGGGUACAUGGGCCUGCAGGCGGUGUUGACACUCGUGCGCAUAUGCGGCGCCACUGUCGCCGUCACUGUCACCACCAUGCGGAAGGCAUUCUCCAUUAUCAUCUCCUUCUUACUCUUCAGCAAGCCUUUUGUCUUCCAAUACGUGUGGUCCGGCAUGCUGGUGGCAUUAGCUAUUUACCUGAACCACUACAGCAAGCAACAUCCGCAAUACGUCCCACGCCCACUGUUGAACUGCUGCCAUCUUCUACAGAGAAUGUACCAAUCAGAGUAUUCUUAUUUGAAGUCUAGAACUAAAAUCUAUGCUGAUACUGUAUAGGUAUAUAAGUAAAUAAAUUGAGAGGUAGCGGUGGGAAAUAUAGCUCACAGAGAAGAGUGAUCGAAUCUAUCAGAUACUGGUUUCAGAAUCACUUUUUUUAGCUCUGUGGCUCUCAGCUCAGUACAAUGCUAUCUGUGGUUCUGCAAGAAAAUAUAAGCCUUAAUCGUAAGGUUUUAGUGUACAUAAAAUACCCGGUAAGUCUUCCAUACAGGCAACAUCGAGCAUAGCUAUGAAUCUCGCUCACUCUUGUGCAUGCGGGUAGUUUCCAUAAAUUAUGAAAUUCUGAUUACAGAAUAAAGACAGAUUUAAAGGUGACAAAAAACGUUUUCUUUUUUCUAUCUAACUUAUUUACGAUUUUUUUCUUUCUAACUUAUUUAAAUAAAGAAAAAUGUAAAUAAUAAGUACGACAUUUUGUCACGUUUUUCUAUGACGUCAUUAGUUGCUUGUUUAUACAAAUUCUAUAGUAAUUUCAUAUUUUUGAGAGCCGAAGAGCUAAAUAGCGACGAUUAACGACGGUGCGUUAGUAAGCGAAAGAGUUACUGAGGCUAGCUAUAAUGGCUCAUUCGCGAACCCAUCGCUACUAAGAGGUGAUAAUAUAAGCUAGGUAAACUGGUAAACCAGUAAAUAGGUAAUAGGUAUUAUGUUGCUCUUUCGCUGUUGAGCAGUUGCGUAAGGUCACUUCCACAUACAUACAUAAACUCACGCCUAUUUCCCACCGGGGUAAGCAGAGACUAUUGAAUUCCAUUUGCUUCGAUCCUGACACACUUCUCUUGCUUCCUCCACAUUCAUCAAUCACUUCAUACCCGCACGCCGGUCACUUCCACAGUUCCACCUAAUGUGUGGUUUUAACUUUUAUUCCUUAAGCUUUAAAAUGUAAGUAAAUAAAAAUUGUGAUAUGAAUUUUAAUUAAACAUACAGUUUAUGUUUUGAUUUAAGUAGGUAUUGCAUUUGUUUAGCAUUUCACGUAUUUAGAUUAAAUUAUUAUAAAUGAGUUUCUUUAUUAAAUUUUAUGUUAGGCAUUCAAUUAAUUGGCAGAAGGCGAAACUGCUCACCACCUAUCAUGUUGGUCUAAAGCUGGUUGGGUGAAUAUCAAAAUGUGUCAAGUUUGGUGGCGACUGUCAUAUAAUUUUUUCGUGAAAAAUUGGGGAAAUUGUGAAAAUUGGGAAUUGAAAAAUUCCUUUUUCAUGUCGGAACCGAGGAUCCUUUUGGAUCUUUUUCAUGUCGGAACCGAGGAUCCUUUUGGAUCUUUUUCAUGUCGGAACCCAAUUUUUCACGAAAAAAUAAUAGGAAAUUUCGCCACCAAACUUGAAAUUUUGAAAUUCACCCGGUUGAGGUGUGGGUUCUUAGCGGUACGGAGAUGUACUACUACCCAACAUAUAUAUAUAUUUGAUUUGGUGAUAUGUGACCAACAAUAUAAUAUUUCAGUACAUUUGCCAAGCUAUCGCAUACUUUUAUUUGUAUAAUUUUAAGUUUCAUGCGUUAUUGAAAUGUUAUAAAAGAAUUUCUUUUAGUAAGUACCUUUCUGUUUCAAAUUGACCAUUGUCACAAAAUAUUGUCUCAAAUAAAAAUACUGUUGUUUUUAUCAAUGACAUUUAUUUCAUUGUUGUAUGUACAAAAUCUUAUAAAUCUAAUCGUUUCAUACAAAAGUGUCCAAAUGUAAUGUGUUUUAAUAUUUGGAAUGUUAUUAUAAGACACUAUUUUCAUUGGCUUUAUACAAUCUCUAGGUCGAAUGAUUAAUUUGUUAAAGCACAGUUUUAAUACUUUAGAAGGCGUCAGAAACAAUUAUUGAUACUUCGGUGAGUGAUCAGUCGUUAUUACAAAAUUAUAUUAGUAUUACUGUAUUAAUAAAUUUUAACAUGUUUUAUAUAAGCCGAAGUGGGAAUAUUGGUCAAAUUAAUUAACAUUAUACAGGUCACAAGGUCUAACUAUACUAGAAAUUAAAUAUGUUCCUACUCCCGCCCUUUUGCCCACAAUGGCGUACCAAUAAAUACCCUAGCGGAUAACAUGAUUGUCAAUCAAUGACGUCACGGGGUUAAAAAGGCCACAUCGAUGCAAUUUAUCUAAAAAAGCAAUAUUACAAUUUGACACUUGCGCGUAUAAGUGCGCAAUGCAAACAAAUGUCAAAUAGCAAUAUUGACCCCUUUUUAACCCCUCGGGUCUGUAGGCCAAAAUUCAAUUUUAGUUUAGUGCGACAGAAAAACAAGCCCUCUGUUUCUUGCAUGACAUAUGUCAAGGUUGGCACUCUAAAAAGCUGUCAAACCAAACUAAAAUUACGUUUUGUCCGCUGAAAAUUGUCACAUUGUAAUGACAGCUUUGUCUUGGUGAUUGUAAAACUUAUUUACAUGUAGAGUAUACUUGAAGGAAAUGCACCAAAUUAUGAGACAGACGGUGAAAUAAGUUUUAAAACACUGAAUCAAUACAUAACAUACGGCAAAGUUUUAAACCUUAAGUACUUGAGAUAAGGUUUAACUAGUCUGCAUAUCUACUGAUGGUCUCACGUAGACAAUUUUUGACGAUUUCCUUCGAGUAUACUCGAAUUGCUAUAAAGGAAUACUACAAAAUAUAUCAUUCAACAUUGAUUUAUAAAAAAGGAACUAGAAAAGAAUAUGAGCAUUUAUAUAUCAAAAUCGUAAUAAAGACAGAUUCUAUUGUACCAAUUCUAGAUAUUAACUACAGAUUUAUUCAAUUUGUGCGACUGAGGCCGGGUUUAUUGACACACGACGAUUUGAGUGGCUAUGGAAACUCUUAUACAUCGUCUUAUGUUUGAAUUCACCGCGCAACUGAUUGCGUCCUGUCACCAUAAACAAGGCCUUAGUUUUGUCAUAGGGGUUUUCUAAAGGGUUACACAUGGCUAUAAAAACUGU